AUGGCUGAUGAAGAAGAUGAUUACAUGUCUGACGCCUUCCUGAACCAAAUCCCAGAUGUCCGGCCCGGCGUCCCGAUGGUGAAGCGCGUGAAGGAAGCCAUGAAAAAAGAGGCCCUGCAGAAAGAGAAGAACGCCCAGAACCGGCAGAAGAGCUACAAAGAGCAGGAGCGAGAGAGUCGGGAGAGCGCUCUUCAGAGCUCCUUGAGCAGCCAAAACAAAGGCUUUGCGUUGCUGCAGAAGAUGGGAUACAAAGCAGGACAAGGCCUGGGAAAAGAGGGUGCCGGACGGGUCGAGCCGGUUCCUCUGAACAUCAAAACAGACAGAGGCGGCAUUGGGAUGGAGGAGGUCAGGAAGAGGAAAGCCGACGAGGAGCUGCAGAGUUACAGGAGAAAAGCGCAGCUGACGCAGCAGGUGGAGAAGAAGUCAUUAGAGGACUUCAGAGUGCGUAAGAGGAGCGAGAGAGAAGAGCGUCAGAUACAGGGCGACCUGAGGAAGAGCCAGCGGGCCUGUGAGCAGCUCGACAGCCAGAAGGGCGUCGCUGUUCCCAGAGACAGCUGGUACUGGCCUGAAGAUGUGAAAGACGAAGAGGCGGAGCUUCUGGAGGAGGAAACCAAACCGGAGGGAAGUGACGACGAGGAGGAACUAACACCUUUAGACAAGCUGCAGUUUCUCACCUCGUAUCUGCGAGGAGUCCACUUUUACUGCAUAUGGUGUGGGACGGCUUUUAAUGACGAGGAGGAUUUGAGCUCAAACUGUCCCGGAGACACGGCAGCGGAUCACGACGACUAGAACCACCUGCAGUUAUCCGGAACACUUGCAUUUCUUUUUUUUUUUGUGUUCGAUAUUUAUUCAUUCAUUAAACAACACAUUGAUAUUUUGAUUAUAAUCGGUGCGUGGUCGUGUUGAUUCAUCACUUUGCAUGUUUCCGAAUCUCAGCCACUCACAAACGUUUAUUAAGGACUCUGUAAAAAUACUAUGAUAUUUGUUUUUAUUUCUCCAGUGAGCCUAAAGCAAUCAAAGAUUAAAAAUUUGCUUUGUACGUAA